AUGGCCACAACACCCGCAGACUUCGUAUUCUUCUGGAAACCCGACCAGCCCUACGGCUGGGCGGGGCAAUGGUACCCCUCACCCUUCACUGCGCGCGUUACCCUCCACGACGACGAAGAACGCGACGUAUUCUUUCCGACCGCCGAGCACUGGAUGAUGGCGCAGAAGGCGCUGUUAUUCGGGGACAAAGACAUAUUCGAGCGCAUCGCAGGCCCCCCUUUGCACCGCGCUCCGAGCCCAAAGGAGGUGAAAGCCCUCGGGCGGAAGGUGAAGAACUUUGACGAGGCGACGUGGGUGCGUGAGCGCACCAGGAUCGUCCUCGAGGGCACGCUCCACAAGUUCCGACAGAACCCUGACUUGAGGAGAGAGCUGCUCGCGACGGGGGAGAAGGAGAUGGUAGAGGCGAGUCCGCUGGAUCGGGUGUGGGGCAUCGGGAUGGGGGAGAAGAAGGCCUUGGAGACGUGUGGGAGUGCGGAGGGACGGGAGGCGUGGGGCCUCAACUUACUUGGGAGGGCGUUGGGGGAGGCGAGGGAGGUCUUGAGAGCGGAGUUCAGAGACGAGGGUGAGGGUGAGGGUGAGGGUGAGGGCGAGGGCGAGGGCGAGGGCGAGGGGAUAGGCGGUGGAGGUGUGGCGGCGGAGACGUUGCGCUCAGGCUGA